AUGGAUUCUGCUACUGGUAAGGAAACUUCAAAUUCUAAAAGUAGUAGUAGUAGUAUGGGUUCUGCAAAAAAGAAUAAUGAUGAAGACCAAAAUCCAUUGUGGAAAUAUGUCACAAAAAUUGAGAAACUUGGAGAAUCAGGGGGUACAUGCAAAUGGGUUUGUAAUUUUUGUCAGAAAGAAAGGCAAGGGACUUAUACUAGAGUUAAAGCUCACCUAUUAAAAAUUACGGGGAAAGGAAUCGGUGCUUGUUCUAAAGUGAAAUUUGAAGAUUUAGUAGAAAUGAGAAAAUUAGAUGAUGAAGCUACCAAUAAGGUUUAUAAUUCUCAACCUAAGGAAGUGUCAUUGCCUAGUAGUACUACUAAUGUAAAUCAAUCAUUGUCUUUAUCUUUACCGUUACCGAGUGCUGGGGAAAUCAUUGAAGCUAAAAAUGUGGAAUCUAAUCAAGAGACAUAUGAUGAAUGUCAUUGGAUAACUGAUGUUUAUGGUGAUGUUAUGGUAAUUAAAAACUUCAUAAUGAACCAUUCAAUGCGAUUGGCUAUGUUUAAUCGAUUUAGUCCUUUGAAAUUACUUUCAGUUGCGGACACUCGUUUUGCUUCUGUUGUUGUUAUGCUCAAAAGGUUUAAAUUAAUUAAGGGUGCUCUAGAAUCAAUGAUUGUAAGUGAACAAUGGGGACAAUAUAGAGAAGAUGAUCAAGGCAAAGCAAGAUUUGUUCGUGAUAAGGUGUUGGAUGAGAAUUGGUGGGCGAAGGUCAAUUACAUUCUUGCUUUUACUGCACCGAUUUAUGAUAUGAUUCGAAUGUUUUAUAGUGAACAGUGGCUUGAAGGAGGUGAAGGUAGAGUGCCUCCUCAUAUGGAUGGGGAAGUAUCUAUUGAGAGGAACAAAUGUUUUAGAAGGAUCUUUUCUGAAGAUGAGCGUUUUAAAGCAUUGGAUGAGUAUGCUAACUUCUCCCUCAAAAGUGGACCGUUCGAAGAUCCUGAUUCAAUUGGUGCUAGAUUUAAUACAGAACCGAUGAAGUGGUGGGCAUGUUUUGGUUCAAAUGCUCCAUUGCUUCAAAAGUUAGCAUUCAGAGUACUUGGACAACCUAGUUCCUCCUCUUGUUGUGAAAGAAAUUGGAGUACUUAUUCCUUCAUUCAUUCAAUUAGAAGGAAUAAAUUAAUUCCAAAACGUGCAGAAGAUUUGGUUUUUGUUCAUAACAAUCUUCGUUUAUUGUCAAGGGUUAACUCUAAGUAUUAUGAUGGUAAGGAGAAGAUGUGGGAUGUUGGUGGAGAUGACUUUGGGAGUAUGGAAGAUGUGGGAGUUCUUCAAUUAGCCAACCUGUCAUUAGAUGAACCAGAAUUGGAGUCUGUUUUUUUCGAUGAAGAUGCAAAUGACAUAAUGGAUAAGGAGAAUGAUCAAAUAGAGAAAAUACAAUAA